GCCUGCCAAAACUCCCACAACCUCCAUAGGUCUGGAUAAUACAACGGCGCAGGUCCUCUACUGACGCCCGCUGUUCAGCAGCCGCGUUUGCACCAUCGCUGCGGCCGCCACCCGCGAGACACAGGACAGCCCUUGAGCACAGGACCUGCGCGCCGCCGUCCGGAAGUCUCCGAGGCACGACAGAGGACAGGAGAGGCGUGACAACGGCACACAGAGGCGAGCCACCGGCCAGAACAGGAUGCCCAUCGACUACACGCACUUCGAUGAGAUCGGCGACGACGCGCCCGUCCCACAAAAACGAGUGAGGAAGAAACCCCACGCGGGGCCCGAGGUCGUCCGGGAGGACUUUGAAGAUGACAUCUCCGCCUACUUGGAUGGGGGCCUGCCCAUGCCGCCGCCGCCGCCGCUCACGGAUGAAGAAAAACGCGAGCUCUUAAGGAAGUCAAAACUGAAAUUCCAGGCGGCGAAGGACGAGUUCGGGGCCGAGGCGACGGCGUGGCACCGCGAGCAACUGAAGCUCGCCGCGCGGGACCGGUGCGUCUACGGCCCGGGCGCGCCGGGGGCGCCCUGCGACGGCGGCCGCGCGCGCGUGCGUGGCGGCGAGGACCUCUCGACCUGGGACGCCGCCGCGAGGGCCGCGCAGACGAAGAAACCGGCUCCAGGACCCGAGUCGCUUGAUAUGAAAGCGUUGCGAGAACAAGCGGCGACGGGCGACGCGGAAGCCCAGUAUCGCCUCGGUGCUCGUUUAUAUGAAGAUAAAAAAGGCGCGGAGGCGGAGCGCUUUCUGAAGCUGGCCGCCGCGCAGCACCACGCCCAAGCCUGCGUCGCCCUCGGCGAGGCCUACGCGGCGCCCGUCGACGAUCAGAUUAGAUUGGACUUGCAGGAGGCCCUCAAGUACUUCCGCAAGGCCGCGCGGGCGGGCCACGCCGCCGCGCGGCGGCGCGCCGCGUUCCUGGACGACGUGUUCCGCGAGGCCGAGGCCGAGGGCCCGGAGGCGCCGAUCUUUGAUGACGACGACGCCGCGGCGAAGAAUGAUGCGGCGGCGGCGGCGCGGGCGGCGCACGACGCGCGAAUGGCCCUCGAGGGCCCGGCGGCGCCGGGGAUCGACCGCGGCGCGAUCCGCGAGGCGACGGAGGCGCUCCGGGCGCUCGGGAUGUCGUCGGCGGAGCUCCGCGAGCGGAGUUAGUGUUGGUGUUGGUUGUUGGUGUUGUGUUUCGAAUCAAAACUGGCCACGCAAGCGAGGCAGUGAAGCGGCCCGAGCCAAGCGGAUAAAGGAGGACCGUGGAAGUGAAGUUCGGCCGCGAGGCGGUUGGCGACGACGUCC